GUGCGACAAUUACCGCCGGAAGUGAUGCCACUGUUUAAGCUGCAGACAAACGUGCCGUCGACCAAAAUCCCGGCCAACUUCUUGGAGUCGACCGUCGAAGUGGUGGCCAAGACGUUGGGAAAGCCGAAGUCCUAUGUGGUGGCGACCGUACUGCCGGAUCAGCUCAUGAAUUGGGGCGGAGUGGAUGGUCCGUGUGGUAUGGUAUCGGUGGAGAGUAUCGGCGCCUUAGGCCGUGAUGUCAAUAAGAAGCACUCGAAGGUGAUAUCGGACCACUUGCUCAAGACGUUGGGAAUACCGGCCGACAAAUGCUAUAUUAAUUUCGUGGACCUAAACAAAGCCAAUGUUGGCUACAGUGGAACCACUUUCGAUGAUCUCCUCUAAGACAUCG